ACCGAUCCCCCCGAUCUUGCUCUCUUCAGCGCUCACAAAUUCUCAUCAUCUUCCCAGACUCUGUCGAGCUGACUGGAAGAGAUGGAAUCAUGGCACACCGGCGCCUUGAGGGGGCUGCUGCAAGGCCUCUGGUCACCCGAUGGCGCCUCGCUCUGGAUCGAGCCGCCUCACACGACAAUGCCUGCCGAUAGUCAUCACGCCUCGACAACGCCCAAUGACAUCUUCUGGGCUUUCAAGAAGGGUGCCAACGAUGGCGGUCGCCCACUUUCGUCUCUCUGCCCAGACAAGGAAGGCUGGGGUCCCUUCAGCCCGGUCCGCAGCUUCGACCUGUCGCCUUGCUUCCAGCAGCUCACCCUGUGGAUCGGCUCAGCACUCGUUCUCUCCUUCUGCGCAUCCUUUGAGCUCUCGCGCCUCUCACGCAAGCCAGAGAGGACAUUAACACCCCUCUCCCGCAUACUUCUGGGCCUCAAGCAUGCACUCGUCAUCGUGGCUGCGAUUGCCACUCUGCCCUCCAUCAUCGUCGGCCUCCACAGUCACACGAUCUCCCUGUAUGCUGGUAUCGUCACGCUGGUAGGCUACCUUCUAGCGAUUCCUCUGCAAGGAUACAACCACACUCGUACCCGAUCGUCGUCGACUAUUCUUCUCUUUUACUGGCUUGCCCAUACCGCCUUCGCCGCAGCAUGGGUGCGCACCUACCUCAACCGCUCGUCGCCGUACAAGGAGACGCUCGGAGGCAAGUCGCUUCUCGCUCUCUUCAUCGCUCGCAGCGUCAUCAUUGCCAUAGUCUUUGCCAUCGAAUGUGCGGGAGUUGAAGUCGGGCAGAAGAAGGGGGAUGGCAAGGUGAACCCCGUAUCUCACCAGGUGCGAGAAGGCUCUGCCAUCAACGGCCUCGGUGGUAGCAAUGGCGGCGAGAAUAAUGGCUCUGCAUUCGGCGACGUCGGCGCAGACCCCGAGGCCAAAGUUGCAUACUCGACGGGUCUCGAUAAGGAGUGCCCAGAGAACACAGCCAACAUCUUCAGUCGCCUCAGCUUCUGGUGGAUGAACCCAAUGAUGAAGCUGGGAGCUUCCAAGUACCUCACCGAGAAUGACCUGUGGUCAUUGCCACCUGGCGAAGACUCUGAGAGCUUGGGCGACAAGUUUGAUCACUACUACAAGACGAAGCGCACCUCGGACGGCGCGCCAAAAUUCUGGACCGCCCUCACGUACUCCUUUGGCGGCACGUACGUCAUCGCUGGUAUCUUAAAGGCUGUACAGGACUCGCUCGCUUUCAUCCAGCCGCAGCUGCUGAGGCGCUUGCUUCAGUUCGUCUCAACUUGGGACGACGCUCGCCGUACCGAAGACGUGACCGCCGAGCCUGCUGGUCGCGGGUUCAUCAUCACCUUCGGCCUCUUUUUCGUCGCAGUCACGCAGACGGCCGUACUUCACAAUUACUUCCAACGCUGCUUCGUCACGGGUAUGCGUGUCCGAGCUGGCCUCAUCUCGGCCAUCUACAAGAAAUCGCUGCGCCUGAGCAAUGACGAGCGCGGCACGCGCAGCACGGGCGAGAUCGUCAACCUCAUGUCCGUCGAUGCCACCCGCCUUCAGGACCUGUGCACCUACGGCCAUAUCAUCUGGUCCAGUGUCUUCCAGAUGCUCCUCGCCUUCAUCUCCCUCUACAACCUUCUGGGCUGGCCUGCGUUCGCCGGUGUCCUCGUCAUGGUCUUCAGCAUCCCUCUGAAUACCAUGCUUGCCAAGUACAUGCGCUCUCUCGCCGAGCGCAACAUGAAAGUUAAGGACAAGCGCACGAAGAUGAUGAACGAGAUCCUCACCAACAUCAAGUCAAUCAAGCUCUUUGCAUGGGAGGAGGCCUUUACAAAGAAGCUCUUCGAGGUACGCAACGGAGAGGAAUUGAAGCUCCUUCGCUGGGCUGGAGCGGUCAAUGCUUUCUUCAACUUCUUCUGGUCGGCCAUCCCCUUCUUCGUAUCGCUUGCUACCUUUAUCACCUACUCGAUCACGUCGGACAAGCCUCUCACCGCAGAUGUCAUCUUCCCGGCUCUGUCUCUCUACCAGCUGCUCCAGUUCCCGCUCGCCAUGUUUGCAGGCAUCGUGACCGCCUGGAUUCAGGCCUUAGUGUCCGCUCGACGUCUGGCCAGCUUCCUCGACGCUGGCGAGCUGGAUGAGAACGCCCGCGUCGUCGAGGUCAACGAGCACGAGGAGGACCCGAACGCCGUCGCUGAGCCACCGACUUCUGCCCAACGAUACAGCCAGCCUCUGGUCGAGCUGAAGGACGCCGACUUCAAAUGGGCCGCAGAUGCACCAAUGCCAACACUACAGGACCUCAACCUGUCUGUACGCAAGGGCGAGCUGCUUGCCGUACUGGGUAAGGUUGGUGACGGCAAGUCUUCACUGCUCAGCGCCAUCUUGGGUGAGAUGUACCGCAGCGACGGGCAGUGCUACGUACGCGGCCGCACAGCCUACUUUACACAAGGCGGCUGGGCCAUGGGUGCCACGAUUCGUGACAACAUCCUCUUCGGUCUGCGCUAUGAGGAGGAGUUCUACCAGCGUGUCAUCAAGGCGUGCGCCCUCGAGCCUGACUUUGCAAUCAUGCAGGAUGGAGACCAGACAGAGAUUGGAGAGAAGGGAGUCUCGCUCAGCGGUGGACAGCGAGCUCGGGUGGCUCUUGCUCGAGCUUGCUACGCACGCGCAGACAUCUACCUCCUCGACGACCCGUUGGCGGCCGUAGACGCGCACGUUGGUGCUCACAUAUUCAAGCAUGUCAUUGGUCCGGAGGGCAUGCUGAAGAGCAAGGCUCGAAUUUUGACGACCAACAUGGUCUCGUUCCUACCUCAGGUCGACCAAAUUGUCUCGUUCCGCCGCGGUAUCUUGAUGGAUGAGCGGGGCACCUAUGACGAGGUCAUGGCGAGGAAGGGCGACCUCUACGCCUUGAUCACUGGGUUGGGCAAGCAGUCAGAUCGUCGUCAACAGGAGACGGAGCAGGGCAAUGGCAACGAGGACGUCGAGGCCGGCGCGAAGACUCCGUCCAGUCAGGGCGACUCCGACACGCUGCGCGGCAGUAGCGAAGAGGAGCUCGAGCUCAAGCUCUCCCGCAGGAUGUCCUCGGCCAGUAUGCAUCGACCCAAGACACUCACGCGUAAGCAAGUCAAGCAGGAGACGAUGCGUCAGCUUCGAGAGGCCUCGUUGCGACCCGCCAAGGAGGCCAAUGCUCAAGGUAGUGUCUCAUGGGACGUGUACAAGCGCUACGCCUCUUCAGCCUCCGCAUCUGGUCUCGCUCUCUUUGGCUACUUUGCCGCGCAUAUCGGCACGCAAGUCCUACAAGUCGGCCGAGACAUCGUCCUCAAGCAGUGGGGCAGCUACAAUGACACGCACCAAGGCGGCACACCAGGUGACGCCCGCUUCUACCUCUCCAUCUACGCCGUCGUCGGCAUCGGCGCCAGCAUCGCAGUGUGCAUCGGGCCUUUCAUUCUCUACGUCUACCUCGUCAUUGCCAGCGCUCGUCACUGGCACGACAGCAUGUUCCAUGCUGUGCUGCGCUCCCCGCUGCAGUGGUUCGAGGCUACACCUGUGGGUGUCAGUCUCAAUCGCUUCUCCAAAGACGUCAACGCCAUCGACGAAACGUUGCCGCGUGUCCUGCACGGCUUCUUCCGCACGCUCGUCGUUGUCGCUGGCGUGCUGAUCGUCAUUAGCGCAUCGGUUCCGCCAUUCCUCAUCGCGAUCAUCCCGCUCUACUUUGCCUACCGCGCCAUCCUACGCUACUAUCUCGCCACCUCUCGCGAGCUCAAGCGUCUCGAUGCAGUCAGCAAGUCUCCGAUCUUCUCCUGGUUCCAAGAAUCCCUUGGCGGCCUCUCGACGAUUCGCGCCUUUGGUCAGUCGGAGCGCUUUAUCGCAACAAAUGAGACGCGCGUGGACCGUAACCAGCAGGCCUACUUUCCCUCGGUCUCAACCAACCGCUGGUUGGCGGUUCGCAUCGAGUUCAUGGGAGCAAUGGUCAUCCUCACGGCCUCGUCGCUCGCCGUCGCGCUCAUCACGCGCAAUAUCUCUGGCAUUGAUGCUGGGCUCGUGGGGCUGAUGAUGAGCCAGGCUCUCUCGACUACUCAGGCCCUCAACUGGGUGGUGCGCUCAGCCAGUGAGGUCGAGCAGAACAUUGUCUCGGUGGAACGAGCGAUUCAAUACGCCGAGCUGUCCCCUGAGGCACCCUACGAAUCUGGACCGGACAAUGCGCCACCUCGCGAGUGGCCGACAGAGGGAGCCAUCGAGUUCAAGGACUACAGCACGCGCUAUCGUGAGCACUUGCCGCUCGUGCUCAAGAAGCUCUCCCUGAGCAUCAAGCCCGGAGAGAGGAUUGGCGUCGUCGGCCGAACAGGCGCUGGCAAAUCGUCCCUUACGCUCGCCUUGUUCCGCAUCAUCGAGGCGACCGGGGGCUCAAUCGUUCUCGACGGAGUAGACACGAGCACCAUCGGCCUCAAGGAGCUGCGUUCCUCGAUUGCCAUCAUUCCGCAAGACGCCUGUCUUUGGGGCGGUUCCCUCAGAGACAACCUCGACCCCACAGGCGCAUCGACGGACCAAGCUCUCUGGCGUGCUCUGGAACAGGCCAAGCUCAAAGACCACGUCCAGUCAAUGAAGGGACAGCUAGACGCCGAGCUCUCCGAGGGAGCGAGCAACUUCUCUGCCGGGCAAAGGCAGCUCAUCUGUAUUGCCCGUGCCUUGCUGCGAGGCGCCAAGGUGCUGGUGUUGGAUGAAGCCACAUCCUCCAUCGACUUGGAGACGGACGAGUACAUCCAGAAGAUUGUGCGCGAGCAGUUCCAUGGAACGACGAUUACUGUUGCGCACAGACUGCCGACUAUCCUGGAGAGCGAUCGGGUGCUUGUGCUCAAGGACGGAGCGCUGGCUGAGUUUGCAAGCCCGAAGGACUUGCUGAGCAAAAGGGAUUCAAUCUUCUAUAGCAUGGCGGUUGAGGCUGGAGCGGUCAGUGGGGUCAGCGGCGGUGGGAGCAAAUGAGAGGUUAGACGUGCGAUGUGCGAGGCUUUGGGGUAGGGCUUCAGGUAGAGCAGACUCGACUAAUGCGAAGGGAUAACAAGUGUACCUUAUUCUCUGUUCCAUCUGCGCCUUUCAAUCCGAUUGAAGGUGCUCAUUGGCGACAUUGUUGGAUGAAAUUGGUCUGAU